CUGGCACUUCGCAACACUGGCACUGGCAGGGCAGCCGUACGUACAGUGCCUGUGAAAGGAAUAGAAGUUCGCUCGCUCGCUCGACCUUGCCUUGCCUUAGUCUGCUGUAGUCUGGCUGCGCGUUCGAUCGAAGCGAAGCUGUGAAACUGUGAAAGUCGUUCGGUUACUUACUUAUCCAACACGUUUCUCAAAGUAAUUAUUACAAUUGUAAUUUGCAUAAAUUGAUUACAGUUGUAAUCGAAUAUCAACAAUUUUGACUGACGUACACAACAAGCCUAUUGGUGGAUAAAACUAUGGUUGAGAAUUGAGUCAGUCUUUUUGACGUGAGUCGUUUAUUUAUUAGCCGGCCAUUUUGUAUUUUCGUUUCCAAGAAUUCCAAGUGCAAUACAAGAGAUCAGUGACAGGAGUGCGCGGAAAAUACAGAAUUAGCAUUUUUCUUGUUCUAUUGUUGUUUUUAUGACAAAACUGAAGCCGGGAAGAGUCGGUAUACAGUUGUUAGCCUUGUGGACUCAGAUUUAUUGUGUGAAUUGAAGUUACGUCGAGUACUCGAGUGGCUUGCAUUGCAUCAAUUCGCUUCAGUAGAAAACGCAAAGCAAGCAUUCAGUGAACUUUUAGAAAAUUGUUGUAUGUGGACAGGCCUGUAAUGGUGACUUUCUUCGAUUAAUUGAACAAUGAAAGUAUUCUAUCAUGGCAUCAAAGCCAGAAACUGACUUUCCACCGUCACCUACAAACAAUGAAUCAGAUGGCGAAGCUGGUUCAGUGGGGUCCAAUUACCAAGAAGAUGACGACGAGCAGGGCUUAGACGAAGAGCAAGAAACGGAAGAACAGGAGAAAAAACCCAGUGUCAAACCGCAGAACAACAAUGUUGCCGAUAUCUUGAAACGACUGCAAUCCUCAGGGGCUCUAAUAAAGAAGCCGAAACAGGAAUACAGGUGCAACACUUGUGACGAAGACUUCCCCGACUGGGAGGAGUUAGAGAACCAUCUUAUACAACACGUGUCGCUGCCCUCGGUGGUGCUAGACAAACUGCCGUCGGACGACGAAGACUACCCUCCAUCCGGAGAUGAGAACUGGUCCGAUGAGGACGACAUCCCAGUUCCGCCAAAGCCUGGCACGAAAACGACGCCACAAAAAAUUGACAUCUCGCAAAUACUCAAGAAAACCGGAUUGUCACUCAAAAAACCAGCCGAAACUGAAUCUAAAAAUUCAAAUGCAUUAAACAAACUUAGCGGAUUAGGAUUCACAAUUAAAAAGAAUAAUGUACAAGUAAAGAAAGAACCAGAAUCGGAACCCGCGAAUACCAGUAACGAUGUUAUGAAAAAGCUAGGCCAGUUAGGCGGGAUUAAACUCAAACUCAAAUCUGACGGUAAUAAUUCGAAUUCUUUUAAAGUCAUAAAUGGUCUUAGAGAUUUUAAAGCUUCAGACGAAGAAGAUAAUGACGAGAGUAAAGAAGAUCAAGAGGACGAUGAAGAAUUAGAAAAAUCUGGAGAACAAGAAGGAUCUGGAGCUGAACACGAUUCAGCUGAAGAAGACAAUUCAAAUAAUAGAAAUAAGAAUUCCGAUAGCGACGACUCUGAUAAGUCGCCAAUAAACCAAAAGAUUUCAAAUGCUCUCAAGAACUUGAAAGCUAAGAACGCAGCUUCAGUAGUCAAACAAGAACCAUUAAAAAAUUUGGUGAAACAAACUGUAAAAGAACUACCGCAAUCUAAACCGGUGGGCAGGCCGGCGGUAAAGCAGACGCCUAAGAGAGGAGCUAACUUGCCAAUUGCUAGUAAAGAAAUUACCCAAGAAACAGUACCAGCAAAACCAACGCCAAUAGCUGUGCCUCCAACAAUAGAUCGACGGCAGUCGAGAGAGACCACUGCAGCUAUGGAAAAUAUUGUUGUUAAAAAAGAAGUGGAUUCUGGAGAACCACAAUCAUCAUCCACUAUUCCUCUCUUUUCGGGGCAAGUCAAAACUGAACGAGCCUCACCUCCUAUAGAAACAGUUUCCACACCGAUUAUUGCCCGAAUAAAAUCAGAUCCUGACGCUCAAACUGUCGUUCCAGUUUCAUCCACAACUACGCCUCUUCUCCCAGUAACAAAACAAGAAGAUGCAAUCAUUGAAAUCAAUGGUGAUUCAAAUGAUGAGGACGAUGAUUGCUGUGUUGUGUCAGCUACACCAGCUCCAGAUAUCAAACCAAUAGUCCCGAAAAUAGAAGAGGUAUCGUAUCCAUCCCAAUCCUAUCCAGCACCAACUCCGACGUCCCAGCCUAAUUAUGGUGCGUCUAACAUACUCAAUUCGCGACUCUCAUCUUCUACGCCGUCCACAGAAAAACAACACAAUUUCAAUUGGAAUGCACCUGACACCAAACCACCAAUUAAUAUGCUCGAUAAAAGCGCCGAUGAUAUUUUUGAGAGUCUUCUCUCGACGUCUACUAAAAAGGAAAAUCUAUCACUGUCAGACGCGAGUGAAUACAUAUCUUUAGACACGCUUGGGCCCCAGCAAACCUGUGAAGUGUGCAAUACGAGGUUCACUGAUUUGUCUCUGUUAGAAGAACAUCGUCGUAUGACAGGCCAUUCAAAGAGUGUAGUACUACCUUCAUCAUCAAAUCUGCUACCAUAUUCUAGUCAGCCCACGAAUCUUCUCUCAAGCUUAUUACCGGUAAAACAGUUGGCUGAGCAAGUUGGAAAACUAUCGACUAUUGGGGGUGGUGCACCUGGAUUCACUCAUCAGCAAAAUGUAAUGAUCAAUAUCCAAGCAUAUCCAGGAGGAGGUGGAAUGGUGCCUCCUCAACCAUACAAUGCGUAUGCGCCAAGCCAGAAUAUGCAUCCCGGAUACCCGCAAGCGUCAGGCAAUAUGUAUGGAGCUACUACAGGACAAUCGAUGCCAGGCCAGUAUCCUGGUCAACACUACAUGGGACAGCAAUAUGGGCAAUUCCAAACACCAAUGUCUAAAACCAGUCCAUAUCCAAGUCCGCAGAGCACCUAUUCGACGGCUUCGUCACCGUACUCCACUACAUCACCCUUGCAAAGCAUGCAGCAGGCUUACGGUCAAAACGCACCAAUGAUGAAUAAUCAGGUACCGAUGGGACAAAUGGGACCACCUGGUUCCGCACCUAGUCAAUAUACCCCCGCUUCAAGCCCCGGAGGUACCAUGAAGCCACCCACAAGUAGCGGGGUUAGAAUACAGAAUGUCCAGACUUUCCAACCUGGGCAAAUGGUGAUGCCCGGACAAACAGUAGCGUCUGGGCCUGAGAUGGGAUCACAAGCUCCGGGACAGAUGAUGGGUGGUCAAAUGCCCGCACCGAGCCAAAUAAGAAUGGCGACAGGCGCUAACGUUGGUCAAAGACCGAGAAUGCCCGGCGUCAGGAAUACGCGCCCUUCAAUAAGGCCAGGGAUUCAGGUGCAUGGACAAGUGCGGGGUCAAAAACCUGGAAUGCGAAUGCCGAUGAAAAGACCCGGAGGUAUGGUGGGCGGGCCGGGACAGAAGCGGCGGCCUGACAUGCUGCUCCCCGGCAAGCACGACAACGAGGAUUGCCAGGUCAUGGCGAUGCAGAAGCAACGGGAGGGCCUGCCUCUGAUACACAGCGUACAAGGUGCCAAAGAAAAACUGAAUCUCGGCAGUCAAAUCUCAAUAACUAAAAAGACUGUUAAUAAGGAAGCGAACGCCAUGGCUAACGUGCUGGCUUCCCGGGGCAUUAGCAUAAAACAGAAGCAAAAGAGUCGGUCGCCCACUCCCGAAAGGCCUAUCCCUCACAUUCCUAAUCUCGGAUCUGGCGUCAGUAUCAAACAUACGUCGAAAUCGAGUAGCUUUUCAAUUCCCGAAGCGAAGAUUGGCGGGGGCGUUGGUAAUUCUUGUAAAUAUUGUAAAAAAAUGUUCAUGAAUCAGAGUUCGUUACAAGUGCACAUGGCUGCAGCGCAUCCGCAGAGCAAAGUUCCUAUGUUUAAAUGUGACGAAUGUCCAGCUUCAUAUCCGAAGUCCUUACAAUUGCAGCAUCACAAGAGAGUUUUUCACAAUGUGACAGGGCCCAACAGGGAGUUGGGAUUGCCGGUAGUGGAUUUGUCUCAAGAAGACAAUUUGAAGCGGCUGAGUGCUUUAGGUAUCUAUAGUUUUAUUCCGUUGGCUAAUAGAGAACAGGCGAACGGUUGUUUCGGAAUCCCAGUGAUUUCAGUCCAUCAUAUGCAGAACGGUAUGACUAGUGGCUUGCAGGCCCUAGGUGCCGACGGUUUACUAAGUUUAGGUCCUCUAAAACCUUUACCUAAUACUUAAAUAGUAAUAGUGCAGUGAAAAUUUAAUACAAAUACUGGAACGGUGUUUGUAAUAUGAACUAUUCAUAUAUUUUUCUAAUUUAAUGUGAAAUUAAAUAGGACGUUAUUGUCUUCACUUUGCACACCAUGACUUUCUAAUUGUAAAUCUGGAGUCAAAAGUACAUCGGCCGGGUUUGACGCAGACCGUCCCAUUCGCAUUUCGUCACAAAUGAUUCCAAAACAUUGACCCAUUCGCAAAAUGGCCACACUCAGAUAAAGUUAAAGCCUAUCGUUUUUGAAACAAAGUUCAACUUGUAGGUUAAAAAAGUGUGACCAUUUUGCGAAUGGGACCAAAUGCUAAUAGAACGGUAGGCGAACGGGACCGUUUUUUAAUUCGUGAUGAAAUGCGACAGUCUGCGUCAAACCCCAUCGACCUACCACCAAACGUUAUGUCCAUUGAGUAAAUUGGUCGUCUAUUGUGCAUUUUAUGAUUUGACAACAAUGAGUUGUGGUAAACAAUAAUCAAGAAGUGACACAACGCCUUCGGAAUUUAAAAAUUUAAUCCAUUAGUAAUAGAAAAAGUUACAUUUAUUUAAGACAUUUUAAGUAACUUUUUCGUCAAAUUCUCGACACUGAUAAUUAAAUUUAAAAAGUAACAAUACAUGUUUGCUUUUUUGUUUAUAAUAAUCUAUAGAAUUUUAUUUCAUGCUAAAUGUAGGACUAGGCAUUUACGACUUGGCGAAUACUGACUAACCUACGGCAUUUAGUAUUUAUAUCACACAAUUCUAUUUUGUAUCAGAUGAUAGGUAUUUUUAAUAACCUACAUUAAGUAUUGUUACUCAUCAUGCAUAGAUUUAUAUUUUUAUUUAUAUUCAUUGCAGCAGACUAGUUACAUAGUAAGUAAUAUUAUUUUUAGUUAAUUACUGGAUUUGAUUAUGUAUGCCCGAAUCAAAAAGAAAGGAUUUUUUUAGUUCCUUAUGUUCUCAGUUUAACUGUUAACAUUUAUUUACUGUAAUGCCUACUUUAGAUUUAAGCUUAUUCUUGUUUGGAAGCUAAAUGAAUAAUUGAGUUUUGUUUUGUAACAACCCAUUUUGAUGCAGUAACUAAAAUAAUACCAUUCAGUAACCCUAACUUUUAAAAUAUGACAGUACCAUGCGAUUUCGUUAAAUGGACAAACGUAAAAUAAAUGUUUGUAUAGCAAUACAGUGCCCUGAAAUUGUGUCAACUAAUUGUUCUGCAGCACUCAUACCUAGUAAUAAGUUAAGCUAUUUGUUUUUAUAAGUUACAUCACAGUUUUUUUUAAUCCUUCUCUUACAUGUUUGGACUGAAUAAAAAUAUUUUCUUUCUUUCAUAACAGUUUGGUUACAAACAUAAAUUUUGGGACUAUUAAUUUUGUUGGUCUACAACUCGUUUGUCACAAAUUAAGUUGGUGCGUUUUAUAAGUGGUAGCACAGGUGGUAGUUAC